CGCGACUGAGCGGCAGGCAGGCGCUGCGCAGAACGAGGCCGGGAAUUCAAGGGAGGGAUACUUCAGCCUUCUGCAGUAGAGAAGACUUGAGCACUGGUCUUGAAAAAUGGGGUCAGCAGCUUGCAGAGUCUGGAGGCGUUCAGAGUGAAGAAGGCUUUGCUUCCUACCCGACAGUCUGAUCAUGAUUCACAGUCUUUUCUUGAUCAACUCCUCUGGUGAUAUUUUCCUGGAGAAACACUGGAAAAGUGUGGUCAGCCGUUCUGUCUGUGAUUACUUUUUUGAGGCACAAGAGAGAGCGACGGAGGCAGAAAAUGUGCCUCCCGUCAUCCCUACCCCUCACCAUUACCUCUUAAGCGUUUACCGCCACAAGAUCUUUUUUGUGGCUGUGAUCCAGACAGAGGUUCCACCUCUGUUUGUCAUUGAGUUUCUUCACCGAGUGGUCGACACAUUUCAGGAUUAUUUUGGAGUGUGUUCAGAGCCAGUGAUCAAAGACAACGUGGUUGUGGUUUAUGAGGUAUUGGAAGAGAUGCUUGACAAUGGGUUUCCGUUGGCUACUGAGUCGAACAUCCUGAAAGAGCUGAUAAAGCCGCCCACCAUCCUCCGCACGGUUGUCAACACCAUCACAGGAAGCACCAAUGUGGGUGACCAGCUUCCCACUGGACAGCUGUCGGUGGUGCCUUGGCGACGGACCGGGGUGAAAUAUACCAACAAUGAGGCCUAUUUUGAUGUGAUUGAAGAGAUCGAUGCCAUUAUUGAUAAGUCAGGCUCCACCGUCACUGCUGAGAUCCAGGGUGUGAUCGAUGCCUGCGUCAAGCUGACCGGGAUGCCAGACCUCACACUUUCCUUCAUGAACCCCAGGCUGCUGGAUGACGUCAGCUUCCACCCGUGUGUCCGUUUCAAGCGCUGGGAGUCUGAGCGCAUCCUGUCCUUUAUCCCCCCGGACGGCAACUUCCGCCUGCUGUCCUACCACGUCAGCGCGCAGAAUCUGGUUGCAAUUCCCGUGUACGUCAAACACAGCAUCAGUUUCCGGGACAGCAGUUCCCUGGGACGCUUUGAGAUUACAGUGGGCCCCAAGCAGACCAUGGGGAAGGCCAUUGAGGGCGUGACGGUCGCCAGCCAGAUGCCCAGAGGCGUCCUGAACAUGAGCCUCACCCCGUCUCAGGGGACACACACGUUUGACCCAGUCACGAAGAUGCUGUCUUGGGAUGUAGGAAAAAUAAAUCCUCAAAAGCUACCAAGUUUGAAGGGGACCAUGAGUCUUCAGGCUGGAGCUUCCAAACCAGAUGAAAACCCCACAAUUAAUCUGCAGUUUAAGAUCCAGCAGCUGGCCAUUUCUGGCCUCAAAGUGAAUCGUCUGGAUAUGUAUGGAGAAAAGUACAAACCCUUUAAGGGCAUAAAAUACAUGACCAAAGCUGGGAGAUUCCAAGUGCGAACCUGAAGGGAGAGUUCUUCAGAAGGACAGUCAUGAACACUUUCUUACUUGAUUAAGAGUAAAAAAUAAUCAGCCUGUCCCCUAGGUCAGUCCUUUCCUGGAUCUGCCCUCUCCCGUUUUUCCUUAGCCUUUGGUGCCAUGGAACUGAUCAGGGGAGGAAGGGGUCACCAGUGAGAACCGGACGGAACCAAAACCCAGUCAGCACAGCUCAGUUCUCAAGGAAGAGCGUGGGUGGAGGGCGGCAGCUGGGCACCAGAUUUAACUAUUUUUAACAGUUACCAUAGAAAAACUCUAGAUUUGUUGCUUGUUGGCUUUCAUUAUCUAAAGCCACUAAAAGACUUACUUGUUGAUUUUAUUUUUUCCUAAGGUAGAAAGAUUAAAAGGAAGAUAGAUAAGGAGAAAAAAAUGAAUGUUAGAAAAAGACAGGUUGAAGAUCUGAUCUGCGAGGGAUAAGGAGGAAAUGGAGAGGAGCUGGGAGGAGACACUAACCGGAGACCAGCGAGAAAAGCGAUCGAACGCUACACCAGGGAGGGUUGGAAAAAUGCAUUGAGUUGGUUUCUUUCAGAUCCCUCUGCUCUUAUGUAAAAAACAUUUAUACUUGUAGAAAUGAGUCGGAGACUUAAAUUCACGUCCACUAUUGACGUGGAAACUGCAGCAGAGUCAGGUUUUCCCUCGAAGACUGCGACGGCAUCUGACCAGUUUCCAGAUACUGACUGUUGCUGCCCUUAGCGCUGGGUCUCUCGUCUUCAGUGAAAGGUGACCUGCCUUCUUCCCGGGGUGGUGCCUAAAAUGCCUCUUUGCCUCACCCCCAAAAACAGUUCUACUCACUUUAGUGAAUUCACAAGCCUUUUUCCUAUUACCUGACCCUUCCAUAGAAUUUUCUGAAAAGUAGGAGAGUUUCAGAAAAGCCAAUCUCAUAACUCCCAGUGCAGCCAGAUUUUGUGUGUCAUAGUUGUAGAGCAGAGGUGGCUCGCUUGUUUCCUGCGAAGGUGGGUCGCAGCUCUCAGUGCUGGAUAGUGCUGGGUCCUCAACCAGCCUGAUGGAAACUCUUUCAUCAGUAGCCCUAAGUGAAAAGAAUGCUUACCUUUGAGGGUGUGGUUGGUGCUUGGAGCUGCUUGGUAAUGUUAAUUCCCAUACUCUAUCAUGUAUUUAUUUGUUUUUUGAGACAGAGUCUUGCUCUGUCACCUGGGCUAGAGUGCAAUGGCAUCAUCAUAGCUCACAGCAACCUCAGAGUCUUGGGCUCAACCAAUCCUUUUGCCUCAGCUCCUAAGUAGCUGGGACUAUAGCCAUGCACCACCACGGCUGGCUGAUUUUUCUAUUUUGGGUAGAGACGGGGUCUCUGGAUGUUGCCCAGGAUGGUCUCCAACUCCUGGCCUCAAGCAAUCCUCCUGCCUUGGCCUCUCAAAGUGCAAGGACUAUAAGUAUGAUGCCUGGCCCUGUGUGUUUAUUAACAGUAGAUAUCUACCAGUCCCUUUUUAAGACAAAAGAAAACCCUUGCAUCUUUGAAUAAAAUUAAUGUAGGAAGGUGGGCUAUGUUUGUCAUGGGUGUAAAUAAGCCAAUUUAAGAAACAGCAACUGAAGGGAUACCUCAGGCUUUCCCGGGGGCAACUUUUAUUCUAGUUCAGUGUGUUGUUACUAUUUAAAUAUUAUAUAAAAGAGUUUUUUAAUUGUAGCUUAGGGAAUGAUACUGUGUUCUGCUUCGUGCAUGGAGACAAAGGAAGACCUAGACUAUCCAGACCUUACAAGUUUUCUCUAAAGUCCCGUUUACAAAAAAUUUGUGUGAAUGUUUUGCUCCUUUUCUCUGCCUACUUUGUGGACUAGUCUUUGUUGCAGAGUGACGUUGCUUUGUGAUUUCCCUGUGGGACAGACUGCUGUGUACACCCAGAUGUGCUUCCCACCCCCUCACCCAGAACUGGUCCUGGGCUGCCGUGGCCCCUGGGCACCUGCUGUGGCCAGGAAGCAUCUCUGCUGUGCAUUCCUGUGCACUUGGAAUCACUUCUCCUGUGGGUUAUGGAGGAUUUUAAAGUUUCCCAGGUCACAGGGAACAACUGAUCUUGAUUUCUGAAUAUUUUGGAGUUUAUAAGUAUAGUUGUUUUAUUUCCUCUGGAGAAGCUCAUCCUGUUUCAAGGGAAGUAGCUGAGAAGAAUUAAGAUGUUCAUAGAGUCGGGACCUGCAGAUCUAAGUGUUACAAGGAGCCUACCCGUCACAUGGCAUGUACGGCAGACCUUGGUGCCGCCACCCCGCAGCAGGUGGGUCAGCCUCAGCAGGGUGGGGGCCGUCAGGCUGCUCAGUUCCGUGUGUAUUUAACACGUGCAGAAGUGGCUUCUCUGUCUACACUGUAAUAAAAUUGAGUUUUACCGGC